AUGGACAAUAGCAAUCAAUCAUCAAGAAUUGAAACUGGGUCAAUUUAGAGAUAGUUAUCAAAUAGAUAAGAGGAUGUCUAGCAUUAAUAAUAGAUGCAAGAAGAGUUGGAGGAUGACUCUGCAGAUGAAAAUCAUGGCUAUUUUUUGCCUGAUUUCCUAGAGAAUGAGAUAAGCGAAAAUACAACCACAUAAAAGUAAAUCAAAUAGAUCACUUCCACCAAUACUAAUCAAGUAAUUGAAAGACUUCCAAUACCUAACAAAAACGAUAGUUUUAAUAUGAAUUCAGACAGAAGUCAUGGUGUUUUCUCAGAGUUAAAUAUUAGUUCAAGUCCAUUCCACGGUGGAGGUGGAUCUUCAGAUAGGAAUUAAACUGAGUAAAUCUAAUCAUUGUGCAACAUAUGCUCAUAGCCUAUAUUAAUUAACCAUAAGUACAUUAAGGUGCAGGAUAAUACUUUUGUUCAUAUUUAGUGUUACAACCUCAGCCAGCAAUCCGCCGCUUAACCUUAGUAUAGUCCUAUUCUAAGCGUGUCUCCUUUCGAUAUAGAUUUGAGUCCAGAUAUGCUAUCAUUUGAUUUUUAAAUACUGCACCCAACUACUAUGAUCUCAAUUUUCUCUUUAGAAAACAUUAAAGCUGACUUCUAACUGAAUUAAUAAUCUUAGUCUUUGAUAUUCAAAAAACUCUUAUGUAAUUCCACAAGUCUCCCUCUGAGUGUUGGUCUAGUCAGUUUUAAAUGGAGAUUUUUCUAAGACAACUUGAAUAGUGCUUUGAAUUAUUCAAAUACUGGCAUUGAUAAUAUGAAUAUCUUAAACUCUAUUAACUAAGUAACUCAAAUAUACAGAGCCAAUUUUAUUUAAGAACCUUUGAACUUCACAUAAUUAUUUGCCUUGAAUAAUUCUGAGGUGAACAUUGGAAUAAGAAAGAAGAUCUUAGACUAGUUCAACUAAAUAAUUAAAAACUAACAACCUUCUAACACUCUAAUAAACUUAGAUUUUAACUAUACCUUCUACUAAGAUAUUAUUCCAAAUUAUUAGAUGCAACACCCAAUGGGUAUGCAAUCUUAUUUUACCGUUCACAUUCUAAGAAAUUUAAAACUUAGCUUCUAGCUUCCUUUUGAAGAAUAUGAGUUACUAAAAAAGUAGACAUUGUAGAUCCUGCAAUAGAAUCCAUUAAUGAUAUAAUAUCUAAAUAAUGGGCUAGCCUAAAAAAGUCCAAAAAAGAUCAAGAUAAGCUCUAAAAGUGUUAUUAACCGUCAAUCAUCUUAGCAUGUUGAGAAUGAUUUAGAAAAACUAUAGAUAUCACACCUGAGUCAAAAAGAUUCCAAGAUUGGUUCUGGAAAAAGUUCUGAAUCCACAAGUAAUUAUGAUCACUUUGUUGAAGAAGAUAAAUUCGAUGAGAACAAUGUAAACUCUUCUUACCCAAGGUCAUCACGUAAUCUUAUGUACAAUCCAAAGAAUGCUUAGAGAAAAAGUGAAAGACCUAACCUUGGUAUUCAAGUGAUGGCUCUUGCAAAUCCUUUUGAAGAUGAAGUGGAAAUGAGAAGGAUAAUGACACAAAAUGUGCAGGAGAAAAAACCAGGAAACUAAGUUUUCCGGGACUACUUCAAAAGAUAUACUGCUGGUGGGAAAAGUUUUGAGGCCUCAGGUGGAUCUAAUGAAAAUUCUCAUGGCACCAAUGGGACUAUCGGAGAUUUUUCUAGUAACUCAUCCUCUUAUCUAGCUCGAUAAGACACUGAAGAACCUUCAAAUUAACUACUAAUUCCGAGACCUUCUAAAACAACAAAGAAAAGAAAAGGAACUCACUCAAGUUCAGGAUCUAAGAAGUCUAGAAAUUCUGCAGUAUCUUAGGCAGGCUCAAGUGGAUCCACUGGCAAAGGCUCAAGCACUGGUAAAAAGGGAAAUGAUCCAAGUGAGGAUACCUUAACCCUUAUGAACGAGUUAAGGGGAAACGUUGCCAAUAUGGCUAGACAGUAAUAUGGAUCAAAAUAACUGCAGAGAUAUCUGGAAAAGGCUGCACCAGAAUUAGUAGGAUUUGUAAUAGAAGAGGUUGUCAGAGAUUUGCACGAGUUAAUGUCUGAUCAAUAUGGCAACUAUUUUUGCCAGAAAUUGAUGACUAGUUCCAGCUCAUCUCAACGUCUUAUGAUUCUCAAGUAACUUCGGCCAGAUUUUCUCAAAAUAUCUUGUGAUAAGAAGGGAACUCAUUCAAUGUAAUGCUUGAUAGAUAUGAUAAGCAUGCCAGAGGAAGAAUAAGAAAUAGAAGAUGGGUUGAGAGACAAUGUUAUCCCAAUGUGUUUUGAUUAAAAUGCAAAUCAUGUGAUUCAAAAAGUUAUGAUUUGCUUUAAAGAGGAUAGGAUAGGCUUCAUCUACAAUCAAGUCAUGGCAAGAUUUGUAGACCUAGCACUAGACUAGAAUGGUCUCUGUGUGAUAAAGAAGCUUAUAAAUAAGAUACAAUCACCACAAAGAAUCGCGGCAAUCGGGCAAAUCUUAACAGACAAUGCUGUUAAACUUGUUUAAAAUCCAUACGGAAACUAUGCUGUUCAAGAAGCAUUGGAUAAAUGGGAAGUCAGGCCAUGUGAGGGAAUCUUUUAUAAGCUAGAAGAUCAUCUAAUGCAAUUGUCAGUUUAGAAAUUCUCUUCUAAUGUGAUUGAAAAGAUUCUAGAAAAAGCUCAAUAUGUGACUGUAGAAAGAUACAUGAAAAGACUCUGCACUAUAGAGGUGAUGAAGAGUCUUAUCAAGAAUAUUUAUGGUUACUAUGUAAUUCACAAACUUAUUUCAAUUAUGAGAGACAAGCAUUCUGGGUAGGCAGAUGUGGCAUAUCAAGUUAUCAAUGAUACAAUCUAAUAUGCUACUGACAAGAGCCUCAACUCAAAAUGGCUAUCUAUCUUAGAAAAAAAUUAUUGA